AUGGCCGAAGUUGAGAUUGCAAGCCCUCCCACCAUGGCGCUAGCCAUUGAUGUCUCGGAAGAAGACUCUACAGCUCUUACUACUACCAACAAUGAAGCAGGCGCACCCGCCGAGCGCAAAGUCAAGAAAAUUAUACGUCGAAAAAAGCGUCCAGCGCGUCCGCAAGUCGAUCCCUCAACGAUGACGAGCGAACCUCCUCCACAAACUGGUACGAUUUUCAACAUCUGGUAUAACAAAUGGUCUGGUGGUGAUAGGGAAGAUAAAUAUCUAUCAAAGACAGCUGCUGCGGGGCGUUGCAACAUCGCAAAGGAUACUGGAUAUACUAAAGCCGACAAAGUCACAGGCAGUUACUUCUGUUUAUUCUUCGCACGGGGGAUAUGUCCAAAAGGGCAGGAAUGCGAAUACCUACAUCGAUUGCCGGGAAUUCACGAUAUGUUUAAUCCGAAUGUGGAUGUAUUUGGUCGUGAUAAACAUUCAGAUUAUAGAGAUGAUAUGGGGGGCACAGGAAGUUUUAUGAGGCAAAACAGAACGAUAUAUGUGGGAAGGAUACAUGUCAGUGAUGAUAUUGAAGAGAUUGUUGCGCGGCAUUUUGCGGAGUGGGGCCAGGUUGAGAGAACCCGCGUUCUAAACACGAGAGGUGUCGCUUUUCUCACAUAUUCGAAUGAAGCAAAUGCGCAAUUUGCAAAAGAAGCAAUGGCACAUCAAUCGCUAGAUCAUAGCGAAAUCCUGAAUGUACGAUGGGCGACGGCGGAUCCAAAUCCAAUGGCACAAGCACGUGAGGUUCGGAGAAUAGAAGAGCAGGCUGCAGAAGCUGUAAGAAGGGCUUUGCCAGCAGAAUUUGUGGCUGAAAUAGAGGGACGAGAUCCAGAAGCACGAAAACGCAAGAAGAUAGAAGGAGGUUUUGGAUUGGCAGGUUAUGAAGCGCCUGAUGAGGUUUAUUUUGCUAGGGGUGCCAAUGCGGUAAAUCAAGUCGGGAGGCGGGGUCUGGAAUUAGAGGACGAGCAAAGAUUGAUGCUCGAAGCGGAAGCCUAUGAGCAGACUGAACACAAAGAGGAGAGUGGAGGUAUAUUUUCCAGUAGUACUCUGGCGGCAUUAGAAAGUGCCAAGGGCUUGAUUGCAACAAAGCCAAAACCCACAGCACCUGCAGGGCCAUUGGUGGCUUACGAUAGCGAUAGUGGCGAUAGUGAUUAG